AAAUCACUUGUGGACAAAAAAAUUUUCUUCACUAAUAAUUGUUUAAAAACUUAUCCAACAUCAACAUAAAUUGCCUGUCUCCUCAUAUUCCAUAUAAGCAAAUGCAACACUAAAUGUAGACUCGGUUGAUGUCAUUCCAUCACUUACACCAAUACAAUUUCGAUUCACCUCCAUUUACUCCCCCUCAUCUUCACACGCUUCAACAAGCCCCAUCUCAAAACAUUCCCCAUUCUAUUGAUUCUGUGUGCAUUUCGAUUUUUCUUUUUUCAUCUAAGAGAAUUGGACUGUGGGCUGUGGCCAUUAUCCAGUGUACUUAAGGUUUUUUUCCAAUUGAGAGAUGAAAAUAUGCUGUUGAUUUCAUUGUUUGCGCCGCUGCACUCUCACACGUGAAUUCAUUUAUUUCACGCCAAUCAAUUCUUGCGAAAUAUUACUAUAAUGCAACUGUUUUGCAGCUCCUGAUUCUAUUACACAAACGAUGAUUCAUGUUCAAAUAGCUAAACACUUACUAAAACCCUUAACCCUCUUCUUCUCAUCUUUUUCUUCAUCAUCAGAACAACAACAAAUUGCUGUAACUUCCGCAGUUUCAAUCCUCACCAACCAACGUUCCAAAUCCCGCUGGAACACUCUCCAUUCCCUCUACCCAAACGGCUUCAACCCAACCGAUUUCUCCCAAAUCACUCUCCACCUCAACAACAAACCCCACCUCGCACUUCACUUCUACCAAUGGACCAAAUCCAAAUCCCUCUGUCACCACAACCUUUCCUCCUACUCCACCAUCAUUCACAUCCUCGCACGUGGCCGCCUCUACUCACACGCUUACAACACCAUCAGAACCGCUCUUCUCAGCCCCGAGACGCCGGUGAAGCUUUUCGAGAUUCUUGUCAAUUCUUAUCGAGAUUGUGGUUCUGCUCCUUUUGUUUUUGAUUUGUUGAUUGAAGCGUGUUUGCAGUCUAGAAAAAUCGAACCUUCCGUUGAAAUUACUAGAAUGUUACUCUCCCGUGGGAUUAGCCCCAAGGUUAUGACUUUGAAUUCUUUAGUUUCUAGGGUUUGUGGAAAAUUGGGGGUGGAUGUAGGGUAUGAGAUUUACCGGGAGUUUUUUAGGUUAGAUGAAGAAAAAUAUGAUUUUUCGAAAAGGGGUUUUAGAGUUGUUAACCCUAAUGUGCAUACUUUUAAUACAUUGAUGUUGUGUUGUUAUCAAAAUGGUUUGAUGGAGAAGGUUGAGGAAAUUUGGGGUGAAAUGUGUGAAAUGAAUUGUGAUCCUAAUGCUUAUAGUUAUAGUUUAUUGAUGACUGCGUUUUGUGAGGGAGGGAGGAUGGGAGAUUGUGAAAAGAUGUGGAAGGAAAUGAGGAAGAAGGAAAUUGAGCCUGAUGUGGUUAGUUAUAAUACCAUAAUUGGUGGGUUUUGUAAGAUUGGUGAUGUUGGAAAAGCCGAGGAGUUUUUCAGAGACAUGGGAUUGGUUGGUAUUGAUGCAACGGUUUCGACUUAUGAGAAUCUUGUUAAGGGGUAUUGUAAUGUUGACGAUGUUGAUUCAGCUGUUCUUGUUUAUAAGGAUAUGUGCAGGAAGGAUUUUAGACCUGAUGCAUUAACUGUUGAUAUGGUGGUUAGGUUACUUUGUGAUAGAGGUAGGGUUGAAGAAGCUAUGGAGUUUUUCAAGAGUGGAGUUGGUAAGUUUGGUUUGGUUCCAAAGGAGAAGAGUUACGAGGCCUUGAUUAAGGGGUUGUGUUUCGAGGGGAAGAUGGGAGAUGCUUUGAAGCUUCAGGCAGAGAUGGUAGGAAAAGGGUUUGAACCGAAUUUGAAUAUAUAUGAAGGUUUUAUUGAUGGGUAUAUUAGGCAAGGGAACAAGGAAAUGGCAGAAGCUUUGAGGAAAGAAAUGGUGCAAACUCAUGCAGAGCUAACAGAUUAAUUACUUUUUGUUUGCUAACUAUAAAAUCCGAAAUCUGUAUACUAGUCUGUUUUCUUGUUUCCUUGGACUCAUUCAUAAUAGCAGAUUGAACAUGAAUCUGGUACUGGUAGGCUUUUUAUGAAUUCCUGUUCUUGGUGUAUCUGAUACAUGGUAACUUUGUGCGAGAAACAGAAUCAAACAGGUCAAUCUGAUAAUAAUGUCGAACAGAACUGAACAGAUCAAUCAAAAAUGUCGAACUCCAUGGACCAAUUUUGUAUUACAAAUGCAUGUGAGUUUUUAAGUCAUACAUCACUAAUAAACUAGGAUUGUCUCAUGUAAAAUAUGGAAAAGUAUUGCAGAAUAAACAAUGCUUAAUCUAAUAUUUUUACAGGGGAAUUAAAUGAGAAUCACAGAGAGGGCAACAGAUAAAGAUAAAGGUUAAAAAGAGAGGAUGCCAAGGAGUGAAACCAUGACACAAAGGCCAAAGCUGCAGAUAUCCUGUACCUGCAGCAAAGCUUUAUAGGACAAAAAGAUCCUUGAGAAUUAAGCAAGAGAUCUACAACACUAGCUGUUGAGGAAGCUGCUGCUAGUGUGAGUGUUGAUAAAAUCUGCAGCAAAUAAACUCAAGUUACCUACAGAUGGUUGGUUGCCGGUAUCGGUCGCGGCCAAUUCAAACAUGCACUUAAAAAACUUAAUAGAUUAGUGAGAAAGUUAAGUAUAUACCCAAAGCUAAUGUGAAACUACCAAGGCUAAGUGCAAAAGUUUGGUCUGGUUAUACCUUGGAGUUUCACAUUAGCUUUAGUAGAUGGAGUUUCACAUUAUCUUGGAGUUCUAGACUACAAACAAGCAUAUUGAUUUGUUGUUGUUCUGAUGAAGAAGAAAAAGAUGAGAAGAAGAGGGUUAAGGGUUUUAGUAAGUGUUUAGCUAUUUGAACAUGAAUCAUCGUUUGUGUAAUAGAAUCAGGAGCUGCAAAACAGUUGCAUUAUAGUAAUAUUUGGCAAGAAUCGAGAAGCAACAAGAACAAACGACACGGUAGUACUACUUCAAUCUGGACUAGCUGUAAUAUUUUGUGCUGCUGUGCUCUUUGAGACGCCGCCGUAGUAUUUUGCGCUGCUUCACGUGUGCUUCGACCUUAAGAGGUUUGGAUCAGGAACAAUGGCUGGGAAGGUGGCGAAGGCAGCUUACGAUCCAAAGAUGAGGAGGCUUCUUCGAGAGUACACACAAGUUUUGGUGGUUUCAGCCGAUAAUGUUGGAUCAAACCAGCUUCAGGGUAUAAGAAGGUCACUGCACGAAGAUUCAGUGGUAGUAAUGGGGAAGAAUUCAUUGAUGAAACGCUCUAUCAUCCAAGAAGCGGAGAAAACUGGGAACAACAACGCUUUCCUUAAUCUCGUUCCACUCCUUGUGGGGAAUGUUACGUUGAUUUUUACGAAAGGUGACUGAAGGGAUGUUAGUGAGCGAAUUGCCAAGCUCAAGAUUGUUAAUCCUAUUCUCAUGUGCCCCAAGUACAUGUCAUAUGACUCGUACAAAACUUGUUCAUAUAUGCAAACCGGACAAUUGCCUUUGGGCCUCACAUGUUGUAACCAACAAUCUUCUCAAGCUUCCGAGCCUUUUCUCGUAAGCUCAAAAUUCUCGCCUCCUCAUCAUUGUUAUUUGAUGAGAUCAAGACAGUUCUUGGCGACAAGUAUAUGGUCUCCUUUUCUCCUUUUGGCUGGUAAUCUGUGAUGCAGAUGGAAGAUUUUGAUUUUGAUCCCAUGAUUUCUAAUUCCAUUAAGGGAUGCCUAUCACAAUAUUCAUCUUCUCCCCUCAAACUUUUUAUAAUUAAAUUCUUAUUUUUUUUAGGGAAUGAUGGAGAAUGGAAAUGACAUUGUUUAGGAAUUCUUUAUAAGUUUUAUCCAAUGUUUAAAUAAUGAUAGAAUAUGUAUGUCAGUGGGAAUUUGAUGCCCUCGUGUUUAUUGUUUCACAAAAAUAUAUUGUUUUAAUCUAGCUUUUGGCUUUAGCUUUGAUCUGUAUGCCAUUUUCA